CGCGUUAAGAACCAUUCGAUGGAAAAUGAGGUAGCCAUAUUGUAGUGGUGAGAAUAGCGAGUUAGACAAGUGUAUAUCAGAGAAAGUUGGCACGAUAAUUUGUUGUGAACCGAGCGGUUUGGAAGGGGCAUCGAAUUUGUUUUCUGAGCAGAUUGCCGAGCCCGGGGAGACACAAUGAGUGGAGGGACGCCCUACCUCGGGAGCAAAAUCAGCCUAAUUUCGAAGGCCGAGAUUCGCUACGAAGGAAUCCUCUACACUAUUGACACCGAGAACUCAACUGUCGCACUUGCGAAAGUUCGAUCCUUUGGUACAGAGGAUCGUCCUACUGAUAGACCCAUCCCACCUCGAGAUGACACUUUUGAAUACAUCAUCUUCCGAGGCAGUGACAUCAAGGACCUGACGGUGUGUGAGCCACCCAAGCCGUCAUGCUCUCUCCCCCAGGACCCUGCAAUUGUCCAGUCCUCCAUGAGCUCAGCCCCCUCGGCUGCCGCUGCCACCGCCCCGACCCCAUUCCAGUCUGCUGGCUCCUAUGGCCUCUUCAACCGGGCUCCAGUUCCUGCCUACAGCCAGUUCAGCAGCAGUCCCCUGGUUUCCCCCCAGUUUGGAGCCGUUGGUGUUGGACGAUCUGUGCCCUCCUUUGUGAGCGACACAAGCACAGCCACAAACCAGUCUCAGAACAGUGAAAUUGGCUCUGCUCUUCCCUCUGACUCACGAUCUCUGGGUACCCUUAUAACCGAAGGUCGCAGCAGCCCCAGCUUGGACCCCCUGCGGAAGAGCCCCACCCUGGAGCAGGCAAUACAAACCACCCCGACUGCAACGUCCUCUGCCCCCUCCGCUCCAGCCCCUGGUCUGGGACGCAGGAGCCCCGCCCAUGCCCGCACAGCCCCUUCCACCGCUGGCCACGGCAGUCAGAAAGCUCCGCACCAGGACAGCCUGGACCCAAGGAGGGGUGAGACUGUCAGGGGAGGCCGCAGCAGCCAGGGCUGGCCUGCACCCCGAACCACCUCCGCCUCUCACACCACUGCUGUAGAUAGGGCUACUACUGCAGGGUUUAUCCACUCUAUCUUUAGCAACUCAGCAGCUGCUGGUGCCCCGGCUAAUCGUCGUGGGCGGGGUGGUGGACACCGUGGCAGGGGGCGCUUCAACGUCCGCCGAGAUGGGCCCAUGAAGUUUGAGAAAGACUUUGACUUUGAGAGUGCCAAUGCCCAGUUCAACAAGGAGGAGAUUGACAGAGAGUUUCAGAGCAAGCUGAAGCUGAAAGAUGAGAAAAGUGACAAGUCGGAGAAAGCAGUGAAUGGAGAGGAUAAGGGCGACUCUGGUGUGGAAGUCCAGAACAGCGAGGGCACUGCUGAUGACGAAGGAGACCCGCUUGGCCCAAAUUGCUACUAUGACAAGUCCAAGUCCUUCUUUGACAACAUCUCCUGUGAUGAUACGAGGAAAGCAAAUGAGAAGUCCGGAGGCUCAGGUUUCCCAAGGGAACGGAGGCAGACCUGGGCAGAGGAGAGACGGAUGAAUGCUGAGACAUUUGGCAUCCCUCUGCGUCAGAACCGUGGCCGAGGUGGUUACCGUGGCCGUGGCAGCAUGGGCUUCCGUGGAGGUCGGGGUCGCUCCGCCAGCCGAGGGUCCUUUGGCCCACCACAUGGAGGCGGUGGCUUCAGGGGAGGAUACAGAGGAAGCCAGGGAGGACGGGAGUUUGCUGACUUAUCAGAGUACAGGAAGGACAACAAAAUUGCUGCAUAGUCCUAACGGAAGGAAGGAUCUACAGAAAGGUGCAACUCCUCAAGCUUAAAAAAAAAAAAAGAAGAAAAAAAAAAGGUUUUGGUUGCUAUGUUUUUGACUAAAAGAACCAAGAUUGUGUACUAGCUGUAUAUUUGUCACCAGCACUGGGGUAGACUGCUUGAAUGCAACUUAAUUUCCAUAUCUUUCAAUGAUGGAAACAACAACGCAGUCCGUCAGAAAAAAAAGUCAAGAUCUCUACAAAAUUAGUUCCAGGUGGCUGAAAAAAAUGUAUAAAUGUCAUAUUUCUGAGGGAUGUUAGUAUUUUUGUUUUUUCAGCAAUGGAUUCUCUUCUCUGCCCUUUCCUAAACCUGUAUUUGAUAAUAUUUUGUUAGCUGUCGAGGAUCGUACAUGAAUUCUUUGACUGUGAUGCUCACUGACAUAGCUUUAUAUUUUGGGGGGAGAUGUAUCCUGUAAUGUAAUUUCAGCACCAAAAUAGCCCGCAGGGUCUGUCACAGCUUUCUACCGUGUAUUUUUCUACUAUUACACAUACUUUAUCCUGUACUAGUCAGCCCAUUCACCGUCAUAUCUGUCCCACUUCAACAACAGUGGUUGUGUUUUUUUCACUAGAUCUUCUCACCUAAAUCUACUUCACAUUCACUUUUCACUUGCUACAACUUUUUAUUUGUCAAUGUCCAUCUGUACUUCUCCACAAAUAUAGGUUUGAAAUUGAUGAGGAUUUUUUUUUCACUAGCUGAAAUGUUCUAACCUUAGCAUAGGGAGGUGGUAGCCAUCAACACGUGUACUCUACUGGUUUUUGUGGUAGUGUUAUUCCCAGUCCACAUCUAAGGUUUAGAGUAGGAUGGGUCACUGAUUAGACCUUAGGUCAAAUCCCUCCCUUUUUUUCUUUUAUCUUUUGAUUUACUUUAUGGGCCACUGGUACAAACAUGACUAGAGUUUGAGAUGCUGUUUGCUGCAGAUACAUAUGUACUGUCAUUUAUAUAGACAAGGACUAAAAGCAUCUUAGCUAUAGCAGGCCACCACCUUUAUGUGCUUCCCAGCAAACGGGCCAGUUGAGAAUAAUUGCACUUUGUGACUUGGUUAAGUACCUUUUUUUGAGAUGCUACCAUUCAUAUGUAUGUGUUUAAUUUUUUUGUCAGGCGCUGCUUCAUGAGACACUAAUUUAUACCGCUUUAAUUUCAGCAUCCUCAAAUUUCUGAUAUCAAACAUCAAAGGAAACAACACAAGCCAUAGGCUCGUACCAUGUCAUCUUUUUAUCCAUCUGUUACAGCAAACUCCACAUUUACCUGGGAAAAACUCAAACCAAUGCCACUAACUUUGUCCCAUGGCACUGCAUGGUGGUUGAUAGCCUGCUUAAGCUACAAAAGUGAUGUCAACAGAACUAUAAAUAUAUGAAAAAACCUAGCAAAAUUACAUAACUGUCUGGGUGUAGCAACUUAGUUUCCUAGCAAUAUUGAUACUUAUUUUUGAGGUUGUGAAUGAUCAGGCCCAUUUGGGAUAGGGAUCUAAUGAACUUUGACUGAAUACUGUCUGAUCCCAUCUUGGCCUGGCAUGAUUUAAGUACUUAAACCAUUCAGUGACAUUUUGAUCUGGCAAGAAAUGUACAGAGUUGCACUUUCACAAUUUCAGAGUUGUUAUAAAAUUGUGUUUUUUGUUCAUCUGUUCUGAGAUUGUAUCCUGCUAAUAAUAACUUAGCAAUGUUGUCAUGAUACCUGACGGCCCAGAGUGAACAAGCUUGGAAAACUAGAAUUUGAAAUGGAGAUUGAUUGCAGAAAUAUUGUCCUUUUAUAGGCCUGGGUCAAAUAGUAUUUACAAAGUAAGAUGGGUGGGGUUUAACCACAUUUGAUGAGUUCAGAAUGAGUCAGGUACUUUGUCAGUCACAGAAAAGCGAGCAUCUGGCGCCCCACAUAUCUGGUACUCAGCAGGAUAAAACAAUUGCUAAGACUUUUCAUGCAAAUGCUGCUUGACCCUAGCCUUGUUAUUUAAACUUGUAUUUUAUAGAUGUCUACAUUAUGGCUUUGGCUCCAGAAUGGAAAAUCCCCAAAUUUAUUUCGAAAAGAUGUCAAGCUUGACAUGCAAAGCUACCUUUAAAGUACUUAAUUGUGCUCAGGAAAUGUAUAGAAAAAUAUUUUCUUGAUUUGCCUUAAUGCUAGAGAAUAACAACUAACGUCAACACAAGUUAGAUGAUUGAAAAGUAAUGGGAAAUAACCAGGAUUUUAGGCUUUGACAUCUAGUUGUAACUCAGUGGUUUGCACACUGCUAUUUGAACUUGAGUGCACAUUAGACUUUAAUUUCAGAUAUUUUCCAGGUUAAUUGAUUGCCAAGUUCUUUUUUUUUUUUCUUUUUUUUUUUUUUUGCUGUUUGGUUAAGUAGCUAUUCCUUUGCAUUAAGGCGCAAAAAAAAUUGAUUUUUUUUUUUGUUUGUUUUUGUUUUUGUUUAUCCCAUGUGAUUUUUUUGUUGUUGCAAGCCUUGAGGAAAUUAAGAUGAAACCAACAAAAUUGUCUUUUUUGUCACAGCAGCGUACUUGUAAAUCUGUGAAAUGUACCCACCAUGCAUAACUGAAAGAUUUCUGUUUUCCUUGAUGUUCUGUCCUAACUAAUUUGGCACCUUAUUUGGGCAUCCAGUCCAGGACAGAACUCUUUGGAUAUAUUUCAGCUAGUUAUCCGGGGAUUGGAUCAAUUCAAAGGCCGUGGUUCUCAUAUCUUUGUGUGCCGUAGCACAUUUUAGCAAAAAACAAAAAUAUGUAUCCCACAAAGUUGUUCAUGCAUGUCACAGUGAGCUGUGCACCAUGAACACAAGGGUAAACAAACACAAAAGCCACUGGACAAGGUUUGACAUUCAUGAAGCUUAAUUGUGGGCUCUAAUGUGCACUUGGUAAAAGUAUAAUGAAUACAAAGCGAUUAUUUUUUUUCCUCAUUCUGGCAUUUUGGCUGAGGGCACAGUUUCGCUUCCUACAGGCCACACAAGUUGACGACCACUGCGAUGGGGGUGAUUCAGUUAUUAGUGUCUUAGAAAUGACUCUAUUGAAGGGUGCUGUGGCCAAAUGGACAUAUGGAAAGGGGCUUAUGUGCCUAGAUUUUAAAGGAAGCUCUUUAAUUCCCCAUGGUGUUGUUCAUGAACGCACGCCACACUACAUUGGCCCUGCUUGUCAGUCACCACUGAAACGUAAAAAUAAUAAAUAAAUAAAAUAAAAAAAAUGUACAGAAGCAAAACAGCCUAGAUUAUUGCUGCAAUACCUAAAAUGUGUAGUGGUUGAGCAUCAUGAGGUGUAAAGCAGGCAGGCCAAAGUCAUGUUUUCUUUUCUCCUGGCUUCCUUUAACACUUUCUGGAGUCACAGCCACAUGUUUUGUCUUUGAACCCAGCAUGGCGUCCUUCUCUGUGGGCCUCAGUGGACUGGGGUUUUUAUUAAGAGCAAACAAUAAACAGUUGUUCAUUA